GUAUAUAUAUUCGGUGAAUAAAACACAUUCUAUUAUUUCAAUUUGAAUAAAGGAUUAGUUUUAGAUUAUAAUAUUUUUCGGUAAGUGAAUGCAGAUGAACAGUGCAAGUGAAACGAAGAAUUCGUUUAGAAUGGCAAUAAAUUUCACGAACACAUCUGAAGAAUACUUGGAACAAGGCAUGGCUAAACACUUAAUGGCUGACGUUGUGGUUCUUUCUGUUUAUUUGAUUAUAGGUAUCAUAGGAAAUAGUAUUGUUCUAGCUGUGUACAGAUUUCAAAUGAAAGGUAAAUCAGAAGAGAGAUAUUUCAUUCCAUUCUUGGCAGUGGCAGAUACGCUGACAUGUUCCGUGUGCACCAUUAAUAAUAUAAUUUUAGAUGUGAUAAAAACAAGUUUUAUGAACAGUACUACAUGUAAAAUAAUGUUUUACUCCUAUGCUUUAACAUCAGGCAUUUCUAUCUUUCUUUUACUUUCAAUUGCGAUACAACGGUAUCUAAUAAUAUGUAGACGUCAGAAGCUUAGUUUGAAAACUCGUAAAAUAAUGGUUGCCGUUACGGUUUGUUUGUCAGUUGCCUGCUCCGUACCGUAUGCAGUGAACUAUGGCUUAAAUGAACACUUCAGUGAGGGUCAAUUUGUUGGAUACCGAUGUGGUAGACUUAAACAUGGUUUCUACAUCUCUGGAUUAGCGUAUGCCAUAUUUUUCAUAACUCUAAUGGUGUGUACUGUUCUUACACUUGUUUUUCUGUAUGGCAGAAUCGAAUGGGUUAUUUUCAAACAUUUUAAAGGUAAGAAACCUUGGCAAAUAAAUGUAUCAAACGAGUCUAGUGCAUCAGACAAAUUACCAAAGAAUUUGGUUACAGAGAACAUUCAUAGCAAAACACAAGAACUGAAACAUAUCGGCGGUUUAGACACCAAAACAGCAGGUCAUUCAGAAUGGAAGAAUGAUUCAAGUAUUGAGCUAACUCAAUCCUCUGAUGUUUUCACAGAAAGCACUGCACCCGAAUGCUCAUCUUCUACCGCUCAAAAAGAACAUUCUACAAAGCCGAAAGACUUGCCAAAAACAAAUCGACUUACGAAAAGAAAAAGGCGUUUCAAAAACAAGUUUACUUUAAUGUUUGUUAUAAUAACUGUUGUGGCAGUCGUGUGUUAUAUUCCAGUGGGAAUGGUUGUUUUGUUAGAAGGCAUUUAUCCAGAUUUUUGGGAAAGACUGACUAAAACAGAAUCUGUCAUUGUCUUAUUGCUUUACCACACAUACAUCAUUAACAGUAUUCUCAAUCCUAUACUAUAUACUUUUAUGGAUGCUGAAUUUUCAAAAGCACUUAAACAUCUUUUUGAAAAAUGUAAAUGCAAAUCCCAAUAA